AUGACGGGGAUCGACGACAGCAAGUUAAAUAAGAACGGCACAGAACCAACAACACCAACGCCACCAGUAGUUACCACAGUUUCACCCACGAAUGGGUCAGAAUUGAAACCUUCAGCACCAGAAGUAACGACAGCUGCAGCAGCACCGACAACUCCCGCACCAGAACCAACAACACCAACGCCAACAGUAGUUACCACAGUUUCAUCCACGAAUGGGUCAGAAUUGAAACCUUCUGCCCCAGAAGUAACGACAGCUGCAGCUGCGCCGACAGCGCUCGCACCAGAGCCAACAACACCAACGCCAACAGUAGUUACCACAGUUUCAUCCACGAAUGGGUCAGAAUUGAAACCUUCUGCCCCAGAAGUAACGACAGCUGCAGCAGCACCUACCACUCAAGCACCAGAACCAACAACACCAACGCCAACAGUAGUCACCACAGUUUCAUCCACGAAUGGGUCAGAAUUGAAACCUUCUGCCCCAGAAGUAACGACAGCUGCAGCAGCACCGACAACUCCCGCACCAGAAACUACAAGCACGUCGGAGUUAGAAACGUACACACCAAUAGUGACAACGCAGCCUUCUGAUGGAUCAACACUGGUGAUUCAAGGAGGUCUUGAUGACUCACCAGAAGCGACGACGGCACCUGCACUACACACGACUCCGGCUUCGGAAACAACAACACCAACGCCAACAGUAGUUACCACAGGUUCAGAUUUGGAUGGGUCAGAAAUGAUGCCUUCUGCACCAGAAGUAACGACAGCUGCAGCAGCAACAGCAACUCCCGCACCAGGUACCCAUUUUGCUACUUUACUGAUGCAGCAACAGCUCCGAUUUACUUGCCUUGCAUAUCUCAGCAGAUAA